AUGGGUAUCAAGGGUCUUCUUCCAUUCUUAAAAAAUGCAUCAGUUCCUAUUAAUCUAGCCGAUUUUAGUGGUUAUGUUGCUGCUGUGGAUGUUUACUGUUGGAUCCAUAGAUCUUCAUAUGCAUGCGCUUCCGAUCUAGCACUUGGGAUUCCAACUGACCAAUACGUCCGGUAUGUUGUUAAGUACAUCAACCUCAUGAAGUCAUGCAAUGUUAAACCAAUCCUUGUAUUUGACGGCUCAGAUUUGCCAUCCAAGGCCGAAACGGAUUCAAAACGUCGAGAGACCAAAGAGUUAAAUCGAAAAAAAGCUGCAGAAUAUCUUAUGAAGGGAGACAAGGCAGCUGCCCAAGAGUGCUUUGAAAGGUCGGUGUUCGUCACUUCCGAAAUGGCAUACGAGGUUCUUCGAGCUGCUCGUAACAUGGGUGUUGAUUGUGUUAUCGCACCAUAUGAAGCAGAUGCUCAACUAGCGUAUCUUAAUCGAACGGGUUAUGCCGACUUUGUCAUCACUGAAGAUUCUGAUUUAUUAUUAUUUGGAUGUAGACAGGUUGUAUUCAAACUUGAUUUAUCGGGAUCAGGGGUUCUUGUAGCAGCCGCAUCUGGUAUAUGUGAAUGCUGUGGAAUUCCUGCUAGUCAAUUCACCGAAUCAAAAUUUAGGUUUAUGGGCAUUAUGGCUGGCUGUGACUAUUUUAGUGGAAUUCCUGGCAUAGGAUUAAACACUGCUGCUAAAAUAUUACGUCAGACCCGCAUAACAAAUUUCAGAGAACUGUUGUCGAAAUUGGGGUUUUAUACCAAACUUAGUAAUAAUGCUCUUGCGAAGGAUGAUACAGAAGUUGUGAAUACUAAAAAUACUCGUGACAAACGACAGAACGUAAAAACAGCUAACUACAACAAAAGUUCCCAGAUAAGUGAAUCGCUUCUUAAUGCUGCUGUACGUGCAGAGCGAACGUUUCGACUUCAAGUCAUCUUUGAUAUCGCAUCUAGAUGUCAGAAGCGGUUCAGUGAACCUACUCCUGAGGAUAUAGAUGAGGAAUUACAUAAUUUAGAUGAGUUGAAAGGAUCAAAUGAAGACGAAGUUGACCUCUUUAGUUAUGCAGGACGGGUUUUAAAAGACAAUCAGAAAGCGUUCAAUCGAGCUCUUGGAAAUAUCAGCUAUUCUGAUGAUACCAUUAUAGAUAAUUACUACCCUUGUACAUCAAAAAAUAAUUCAAUGCAAGUAAAUGGAGCCAUCAUCGGACAUUCAACUAUUCAAACAAAAGUACAAUCAUCAGGAUUACGACCUAAUCCCGAUCGUUUGAAAAUAAGCAUAUGGGAUAAAAGUUAUCCUAUUCAGAAAUUUUGGCUUCGUCGUUCUCAGAAUGGUUGCAUUGAACCGGUUUCAGAUUUCUCGUCAACUGAUUCAGACUUUUCUUCUACAGGGAAAGAAAAUAAAGACCCGGUUGAGAAAUCACCUAUGAAGAAAUUGGAAUUGAAGAAGACACAGUCAACUUGUGGACGUCGAAUACUGGUUCCUGCAGCUAUUCAACAAAGUCUUAAAAACCUAAGAAACAGUAUGUCUGUUCCACAAAUCGAACAUCAGGAUUCACCUAAACGCCCAUGUCUUGGACUCAAUAACUCUACAGUAGAUGACACUUCCGAUGUUUUGCAAGUUUACGGUCAAUCGGAAGAAUUUCCAGUUACACCUAAACUGAAAGACCGAAAUCAUCUUUCAUCUUCCAUUGUUUCUGCUUCUGGUUACUUUCCAAUUCAAGAGAAAAGUGAUGUUCCAAAAGCUAUAGACGAUGCCAUCAUUAAUUCACUGAAUGAUGAUAAUGAUGAUCUUGGUCGUUCUCAAACUUCUCGUAGUCCAGUAUUUUACAAGGCUAAUUCAAAUCCGUUUCGAAUAGCCUCCGAAUCAUAUUUAUGCAAAUCAAAAGAGAAAGUUGAUAAUAAUUUCGAUAUUUCUGUAAUGUUAAGUGAUGAACGUAAAGACUGUUCUUCCAUGGUUUUCAGCAGUAAUAUGCAGUCUGGCUGUCGACGCUCAUUAGACUUCAAAUACAAGAAACCCUGUCAACUGUGGGGAAAUUCUUCAUCGAUUGAGUCAAAUAAUAAACAGUCCAAUUCUUCAGAUUCUCUGACACCUGACCUUAACAAGUGGGAAACUGAGUUGCAAGAUAGCUCCUCUUCGACCGAGUCAUCUCCAAGUUUUCUAAAUUCGCAUAAAGUUGCAUCUCAUACUUCAAGUUUGCCAAAUGGAAAAACUACUUGUAAUCGCCUCUCUCAAAUCAGUAACCGAAGUUCAAGUGUACAAAAUCCUCAUGUUUCCGAUGUUACACUACCGAACGCGAGCAUUCUAGAUGUAAAACACAAUAGCAUCUCAAAACUAUCAAAUAACAAUCUUAACAGUAAACAACACUCUUCACAUUCAAAGAUAUCUGGCAAAAAUCGUUUACCAUCUGUACAAUCUUCAACUUUGGAUUCUUUUUUUCAGAAAUGGAAGUUUAAAUAA